CUAGUAGGUACCUAUAUGAUCUAAGUUUAUAUAUCUCGAUGACGAUGACAUGACACAUGUUGCGGGUUAUCACUUAUCACUUAUCAGUGUUUUAAAAUUUUAAAUAUCUCUUACAUUUAUCUUAUCCUCUCAAACUAUUAAAGGCUGAUUGUUAAUUAAUACAAAUUUAAAAAUUUGAAAUUAAAUGCCGACAGUUAACUCCGAGUUCAGACCACAGUAAUACAAAAUCUUUUGUUGUUAUAACAUUUCAACUCUACAAUCAAAGGUUACCUAAACAAAAAUGACAAAUUAUAAUAAAAACAUGAGUUGGAGUUGUUUAAACACCAAAGAAGAUUUAUUUAAAUUAUUUACUGGCCACCUUGAUGAUGAUGUUAUUGAAAUGGUGAUAGAAAGUCGAAAUAAUGAUUUGUUAUUGGCAUAUCGAGAUCUUAUUGAAAUAACAAAUGUUUCUGAUCAUGAACAAAAUUUGCAUUUACUAUCUGCUGAAGAAAAAAAUCAAUCUGCUGCAGCUUCUAAUUCCAAUAUUCCUAAAAUUAAUUGGGAACGUUUAUCUACAACUGAAACGCCUAUUAGUAAAAUUUUAUACCUGGUAUCAAAACACUUCAAAGUUUUAGUACUUAUGAGAGGAUGUCAAGGCAGUGGAAAAUCAUAUCAAGCAACUAAUAUUUUGAAUUUAUGCUAUAAAAAUGCUAAAAUCGAUGACUUUAUUUAUAGUGCAGAUAAGUUUUUUAUUAAUAAAAGUAAUGGGAAAUAUAAUUUUAAUCGUAAUAAAAUAGUCGAAGCACACAAUUGGGCAUUUCAAAAAUUCCAAACAGCUAUUGAAUUAGAAGUUACUCCAGUUAUUAUUGACAAUACAAAUUGUGAAGCUUGGGAAAUGGAAAAAUAUGCUAAAGUGGCUGUGAAUAAUGGAUAUUGGAUUGAAAUUGUUGAACCUAGUACUGAAUGGGCGUGGGAUCCGAUAGAGUUGGCCAAAAAAAAUACACAUUCAAUAUCUUAUGAUGUUAUAGUUUCUACAUUCCAUCGAUAUGACCAUAGUAUCACUGUUGAUAGUUUGUUAACUAGAUUUAAAUUAAAAUAUAAUAAAAAAAACCAGCCACCAAUAGUAUCAAACACAGCUAAAAAAUAUCAGCUUUGUGAAAAUCUCAUAGACCAGAGAGAUGUUGUAAAUGAAUCUCAAAUUGAGAUUAUUGACGAUUUUAAAGACUUGUGUGUUUCAAAAAAAGGAAAAAAAAGAAAGAAAAAAAAAGAAUCUACUAUUCUUAACAGUGAUAAUGAAGACGCUUUGAUUCCUGAAAUUAGUACAAUACAAGAAGAAGAAAAAGAAGAAGAUAUUAACAAAAUCAAUGAAUUUGAAAACCUAUCCCAAGAAAUUUCUGAUGUUGAUGAAAAGUCUCAGUCAUCUGUAGACGAAGCAUCAAAUUAUGUCAAUAAAUCUGUUAAUACAUCCGAAAAUGAUUUUUUAUUUAUGGAAGUCCUAAAUGAGAUACCUGAAGAAGAGUAUAGUAGUUAUGUUAUUUUUGGAAGAAACAGAGAUAUUAAUGAAGGAAAUCAAAGUAUUUUGAGUAUGUUUUGUGGAAAAUUAGAUAAAGGUACAACAACUAAUGACCUCAAAGGUAUUACGCCUAAACUAAAUUUGAAUAAAGUUUGUGAACAUUUCCCAGAAAAUAUUUCUUCAUUGAUUAUUGAAUUAUUUGAAAAAUGUGAAGGUAAUAUUGAUUGGAUUUUAGAUAUGUUGGUAGAAUCUAAACAUGAUAUAUCGAAAGAGCAAUUGUGCCGUUUUAUUGAAUAUGAAGAAAAUUAUUUCAUUAACAAUGUUCAACGUCAAGACUCCAUUGAACUUUUUAAUCAAAAUAAUGAACAAGAUGAUAAUUUAUUUGAUUCUCCACUAAAUUCACAGUCAAAAACAGUAAACAGAAUUAUUGAAGAAAGUGAUAGUAAAAAGAAAAAACACGGGAAAAAAGUUAUUGAUAAAAAAUUACAGCGAACAUUUAAAAUUGUUGAUGAUGAUUUAAAAAAAGAUAUUGAAAAUAAAUUUACAUUUGGUGAUUCAUUAUACUCUGAUCAUGUUUUAAGGAUAAAAAAAUUUAAAGAAAAUCAAAAUGCUAUAGAUAGUACUGAUUUUAUUCUUCCAAACUCUGAGAGUAUUGAAGAAAACUUAGCAUUUGAAAAAGAUGAUGAGGGAAACUUUGUUCAAUUAGUUAUGGAUAGAAGUGUGCUUGCUCAAUUAUGUGACUAUUUUGGCGAUUUUUCUCCUAAUUUUAAUCAAAAUACAUUACUAAUGCCUGUGAAAUUACCUGAAAAGUUAGCUGAAGAACUUUAUUACUAUUUGAUCGCAAAUACUCCUUUAGAUGUUUGUAAUCAAGAUGCCAUUUUACAAGAUGAAACUUUGGCUAGAAAACUACAAGAAGAAUCUACAGAAGAAUGUUCUUCUAGUAGUGCAAAUUCCUAUAUUGGUGAAUUCACAUUUUCUGCGGUUUUAACAAAAAAAUUGCUGUUGGAAAAAUAUAAACAUAUUAAUUCCACACGUGUUUUAAAUGUCUUACGUGCCAACAAUUAUAAAUUUCAUGAAGCAAAUGAAAUUCUAAGUGAAGAGUCUGGUAUUAAAUGUUCAUUAAACCAAGACAAUCCAACCAUUCAAGAAAGUGAAAGAAAUCAUGAGAUAAAUCAAAAUGAGUCCAAUAGUGAUCAAGAUUAUGGUAGAGUAGCUUUAGAACUUUCACUUAAAAGACAACAGCUUUUACAAAAAGCUAACCGUUCUUUAAGCUCAAAACAACAUCCUUCAGUCACUGCACAUUAUUUAGAAAGAGCUGACAUUGUUAAACAAAACGAAAUACUUGCCAAAACCAAUGCUGUAUUAGAUAUGGUUAAACAAAAUGAGAAUGCAACUUCCUUAGAUUUGCAUAAUUUAACAGUUUCAGAUGCUAUAAUAGCUUUAGACAUAUAUUUGGAUAAUCAUAUAUCAAAUUUGAAAAAACCCAAUGGAGGGAAUAGAGGUAGACAACUAACCAUUAUUACAGGCCGCGGAAAACAUAGUCCCAAUGGCAUAGCUCGUAUUAAACCAGUUGUUAUAAGAAGACUUAAAGAUAGACGACUAAUAUAUUUGGAACCUGAAACACCUGGAUCAAUAAUGGUUAUUAUCAAAAAAAACUCUUUGCUCAGUUCAGAAUUUUAAAAAUAAAUGUUAAAAAAAUUACAUACUCUUGAUAUGUAUUUAAAUAAUAAUGCUUAGAUUUUAUUUUUUAUUGACCUAUUUUAAUUUUAAUUGUUUAUUACUUAAGAUAGAUGAAUAGUUUCAUUUUAAUUCCUGAUAGUUGUAAAUCAUGCUCAGAACAUGGAUGUUAUCCGUUUAUUAUCUUUUAUAUUUUUUUAUACAUAUUUUCAUAUUACAAAUUAUAUUUACUGACAUAUCUUAUUUAAAAUUUAUUUUCUUAAAAUAUAUUUGUUAUAUUUAAAUAUAUUAUGUAUAGAAAUUUUGUUUUUAA